UGUGAAGCACAUAGUUAGCGGCAAUAUGUGUUUGGUUGGGAAUGGGAGAGGAAGAUGUUAAUUGACUAAUUUUGGGGAGCGUUUAUAGAAACAUUUAACUGGGGGAAUGAACAUCGAAAGAGCUUAAACUCCAUAUCAGUCCAGAGGACGGUACCAGCUGCCGUAAAGUAAUCCAGCGAAGAAGAAGACAGGCUGGGAGGCUUGUUUACGACACAACCGUUGACAGCUCUGAAGAUUUGACUUCGUUGUAAUGCGAGCCACUCUGCGCUGGGUGAUAUGGGAUGUGAAAGACACCCUGCUGAAGGUGCGUACGUCUGUGGGAGAGCAGUACUGCAAAGAGGCUGAACGAGUGGGCUUGAACCUCAGUCCUGUGGAGGUUGAGGCAGCUUUCCGCCAGGCAUAUCGACAUCAUUCCAGCAGAUACCCAAACUAUGGCAUCAGUCAGGGCAUGGAUGGACGAUCUUGGUGGAUGAGUGUGGUGCGGGACACUUUCUGCCGGUGCAGGGUACAGGACCCAGCCCUGCUGAAUUCUAUAGCUCACAACCUUUAUCAUAACUUCUGCAAUGCAGAGAACUGGGAGGUGUUUCCAGACUCAAAAAAGACCCUGGAGAGAUGUUCUUCUCUAGGACUGAAGCUGGGUGUUGUAUCAAACUUUGACAGCCGCCUAGAAGAGAUUUUACGUGUCUGUGGCUUGCUGUCUCACUUCAGGUUUUUGAUUACAUCAGAGGAAGCAGGUGUAGCAAAGCCGAGUCCAGCCAUCUUUAAACAGGCACUGCAGAAAUGUGGAGUACUAGCUGCUGAUGUAGCUCACAUUGGGGACCACUAUGUGAACGAUUACCUGGCCUCUAGGUCUGUGGGCAUCCACGGGUUCCUUUUAGACAGGCAAGACAAGCAUUCACAACUCGAUGUUCGUCAAGAGCAUCGGCUCAGCUCCCUGGAGGAGUUGCCGUCACUGCUUCAGAAGCUCAUGCACUAAAGCCAUACAGUCAUGAACUACAAAGCUACUCAGCCUGACUGGUUUAGUUACUGAACUCAUUUCUGGGAUGAAGUCAUGUUGACCUGAGUUGACUGUCAACCCCUUUUAGAGCUCUAAUUUAAAACUCCUGACUAGUGUUAACAAGAAUAUUGAUUUAGCGAUGCAUAUUUAUUUAAUAUGAAUAUUUAAGACAAAUUCAAUAUUCAUUUUCCAUACACCAGUACCAGUUGGGCUUUCUCGCUCUCUCUUCUCUCCAAAAGUGAGUUCACACACACAGUUGUCGUUGUCACGUGAGGGCCUUGUUAUAUUUAUCUAAAACUUAAUGCUCUCAAUGUUGUCAAUUUUUCCCCAAGGAAUCCAAACAUUCUAUCAAAUAUAGAUAUCUUUCAAGGUAUUAUAUCGAAGUUAGAAAUUCUAGUAUUUUCACAACAGAUAUUUAUAGAAAAGAAAAUCAUGGGUUGCAAUAUAAAAACUGUUUUGUAAUUAUCAUGCUCUUUUACUGUAAUUAAAUUGGGAGCAAUAAA